AUGAAGAGCGCGGUUGCGAAAUUCAGCAGUUAUGCCGCAACUCGGGCUACGCGACCGUUGUCAAUUCGUUCCUUCAUGACAACCGCUAAAUUAUCUGCAGCAACGCCGCCGCCACGAGCAUCGGAAAAUGGAGCGAUCAAUCCAAGAUGGCUGUCAGAGUUACAGCACCGAUUGAAAAAAUCCCUUUCCCUUCAACUUGCACCUGAGAAAGCCGAAACUGUGAAAGAUCGACUUGCGUACCUGGACAAGAACUGGCUUAUGCUUUCUGCUGGUCGAGAAGGGUUCUUGGCCGAGCCUGAGAGGAGAGGAGUUGAUGGCCACGCGAUACAGUGGGGAGAUAUGGUGAGAAUGUGCUAUUCGUCCGAUGAUGUGUUAUCCGAGAGCAGUACUGACUUGGUUCUCGUUAUUCGACAUGUCAAUAACGUCAUCUACAACCGGUUUGCCGAAUCUGGCCGUGUCAACUGGACACGAAAGCUUGCUCAGUUCACAGACCCCAAGUACGAGCAGGAAUGGUUUGAUCUUAUGACACCAAAAGGCAUCGGCCUCAUACUAGCAAGUAUUAGAACAGACUUUAAAUUCCCCAUGACUUUCCCGGAUCGCAUCACAGUUUUGCACAAACUCGUCACAAAGCCAGAUUAUAGCUCCGAUCGCUUCUACCUGGACGUUGUCGUGUAUUCAGAGCAGCAAAGGCGGCCGGCAGCCAAGUGCUUUGAGGACAUUGUGGUGUACGAUUACAAGGCUGCGAAAAAGGCUCCUUUAAAACCGUUCAUGGUUGAUGAGUUGCGAGCGACGUUUGACCUGCAAGAGCUGCGAAAACAAGAUACUGAAAAGAAGAUAGCUGAGCUACAUGAGUUUCUUGAGCAAGUGGAGGGUAGCGCUGGUACAGUGCAGUAA